AUGGCUUCAUCUCUUACUCCUUCUUCCGAGGAUCGACAGAAGAGCAAUUUCUCUCCGUCAAAAAUUAUUAACGACGGAGAUGUUGUUUCUGAGCGCAAUUUCACUGGGGAGGAAGAAGAGGAGGAAGAUGUUAUAGAUACUGUCGCAACUCGCCGAGCUUUAGAACGACGGCUUAGGCUCAAGGUCGACUUGCGACUUUGCACUAUCGCCGGCAUACUCUGUUCGCUCAAUUUACUCGAUUCGGGCGUCAUCAGUUCCGCAUCGGUGACAUCCAUGCCGACGGACUUGGACCUCACGGGUAACCGAUUCAGCGUUAGCAUCUUUAUCUUCACUAUAUCGAGCAUUGCCUUUCAGCUACCGUCGACUCUCGCUGUGCGUACAUUCGGGCCUCGUCUAUGGUUUUCCUUCAUUACUUUCUGUUUUGGUCUCAUUACUAUGUGCACCGCCUUCAUUCAGACCUGGCGACAGAUGAUUGCGCUACGUGUGCUUCUUGGUAUGUGUAUGAGCGGUAUUUAUCCGGGCCUGACGUAUCUGAUUUCAACGUGGUAUCCGAGGAGAGAGCAGCAAACGCGCUUUGCCUUCUUGCAGACUGGUGAAGUCGUUAUCCUAGCUACAGGCGGCAUCGUCAAUUUCGGCCUUAACCAACUGGAUGGUAAAGGUGGCAUCGCAGGUUGGCGUUAUAUGUUUCUGGUGCAGGGCCUGAUCUCCAUUAUCAUCGGGUUCAUGACAUACUUCUGGAUCGUCGAUUUCCCUGAGGAAGCGCACCGCUCUUUUUGGUUCCUCACGCCCGAGGAGCAGGAACUCGCUGUCGCGCGUAUCAAUGCGGACCGUAAAGAUGUCGAGCCGGAUCCAUUUUCGUGGGGCAAGGUCUUCAUACACGCACGCGACCCAAAGGUCUACGGCUUUGCGUGUAUGUUCUUCCUAUUGAACUUAGUAUCGACUGCGCUAUCCUACUUUUUGCCUAUUAUCUUGCAGAACGGCAUGGGAUUUGACGAGAACCAAUCCAUUCUUUUAUCUGCGCCACCUUACUAUUAUGCAGUCAUCCCUGUUCUCCUGUCCUCUAUGAUCGGCGAUAGAUUUCGCCUCCGCGGCCCCGUUAUCAUCUUUAAUUGCGUCACUCUGAUCGUCGGGUUCUGCAUGCUUGGCUUUUCUGAACAGGUCACCGUGCGCUACGUCGGGACUUACCUCGCGACCGGCGCGUACGUGAGCAAUUGGGCGGCUCUGAGUGCCUAUCAAGCCAACAAUAUCGCCGGCCAGUGGAAGCGCGCAUUUACUGCCGCUGCUGUGACGGCUCUAAACGGUGCGGGCGGUAUCGCGGGAAGUUUUAUCGUCCGGUCUCAGGAGGCACCGCAUUAUCUGACUGCGGUGUGGGUUUCCAUUGGGUCGCAUAUUCUGAUUAUUGGCAUAGUGGGCGCUUUCUCGACCUACUUCUUCUUUGCGAAUAAGCUCGCUUCUCAAGGGAAGAUACUCAUCGAGGGUGUGGAGGGCUUCAAGUACACGUACUAA